UUUAAAAAAAAAAAAAAAACUGUUUCAGAUUUUUUUGUCUGGUUUUUGGUUGAGUUUUUCGUGUACUACUGUGAUUUUAAACAUUUGCCGGUAAAAUCAUUUAUAGGGUGGAGGAAUAUUCAGUUUUCAUGUAAGGAAAGUCCACAUUUUAAGUCUAUGAGCAUUGAUCACCCACUGCCUGUAAUCUUUUUUCUAGAAUUUGUGCAUCAGAAAUUCAAGACCCGAGUUAUAAAGAAGGAUGUUAAUCCUGAGUGGAAUGAAGAUUUAACUCUUUCUGUUGCAGAUCCCAAUCCUCCUGUUAAGCUGACUGUCUAUGAUCACGAUAUAUUCAGCAAAGAUGACAAAAUGGGAGAUGCCGAAUUUGACAUCAAACCAUUUCUAGAGGCUGUCAAAAUGAACUUAAGUGGCCUCCCAGGUGGCACCAUUAUUACAAGAAUACCACCGUGCAGAUCGAACUGUCUGGCAGAAGAGUCUAGUGUGAGUUGGAAAGAUGGCCAGGUUGUGCAAGAUAUGUGCCUAAGAUUGAGAAAUGUGGAAUGUGGAGAGGUCGAACUUCAACUUCAAUGGAUCAAUCUUCCUGGCUCCAAGGGUUUAUAGAACACAGAGUGUCUGUAUAUAGAUGGUUUCAGUUGGCUGCAGUCUAUGAAGGGGUUUGUGAUCCUACAAUUGAUCUCUGUUUGUGAUAAAUGGAGCUUUUUAUAUAGAAGUUCGAUUAAGUUACCUUUGCACACUGCACCAAUCUGUUGUUCAAGGUUUCUAGCUUACUGAAUAUGUGGUUUGAAUAUUCUUUUCAAUUUUUCUUGUGUUUCACUGGAAUUGCUGUAGUAUAUGUGGAAUGCUCAAUAUACAGGUUUGCAGAUAAGUGCAUACCUUUUUAUUA